AUGACAAUUCAUAACUUGUAUAUCUUUCGAAACUGGAAUGUUUUGUACUAUGCUGAGUGGAACAGGUUAAAUAAAUCGGGGAUAACGAAAGAAGAGGAAGCCAAGUUGAUGUAUGGAAUGUUGUUUAUACUAAAAUCGUUUGUGAGUAAAAUCUCACCGUUGGAUCCCAAGGAAGGAUUUUUGUAUUAUCAAACAAGCAAAUAUACUCUUCAUUAUUUUGAAACACCAUCAGGUCUUAAAUUUGUUUUAAAUACUGAUAAUGCCAGUCAGAAUGUGAGAGAAUUAUUGCAACAAUUGUACAGAGAAGUAUAUUUGGAAUAUGUAGUAAAAAAUCCACUCUGCCAAUUAAAUGAACCUAUACAAAGUGAAAUUGUUUUAAAAUACAAGUAG